AUGCCGCGAGAUCAGGACAGGAGAAGCUCAGAUCGCCAUCGACGCAGAAGGACAAGGUCGACAUCUUCAUCACCGGAACCGUACAGAGAAAGGCGAAGGAGUAGGGAACGGCGGAGAAGAGAUUCACGAGACAGCGAUUCGAGAAGUCGCGAACGCGACAGAAAGAGGCGACGAUACUCUUACAGCAGUGAUGGAUCAGAGCGAGAUCGAUCACGAAGUCCGCGCAGUCAGCCUAGCCGGCGAUAUGGGGAGGAGGAGAGACGCAGAUACAGCGGUCAAAGGGAUGAACAUGAAGACAGCUACUUGAACCGCGCUGGUCGGUCGAGUCCUCCCGCAGAUGCUCGUCGUCCGAGACCAAAGGACGAUGAUAGAAAGGCUUCGAUGAAAGGACACAGGCCAUUACCAUCCCAACAAGACGCAUUCAAAGGUGAAUCUACAACCAUAACCAAAGGGACACCCCCCGCAGAGAAGCAAAAGCCCAACUUCUCUACGACAGGCCGGCUGGCGGCAGAAAGCAACACUAUCACAUCCAUGGAUGGUCAGGCCAUUGUUCUGAAGUAUCAUGAGCCUCCCGAGGCACGCAAGCCGCCGCCAAGCCAAGCAUGGCGCAUGUACGUUUUCAAGGGGUCGGAGAUCAUGGAUACGAUCGAGCUGAGUCAACGGAGUUGUUGGCUGAUUGGUAGGGAGGCGGCUGUGGUGGAUUUGUUGGUGGAGCAUCCAAGCUGUUCAAAGCAGCAUGCUGUGAUUCAAUUCCGGUACGUGGAGAAGAGAAAUGAGUUUGGAGACAAGACGGGGAGAGUCAGACCGUACUUGAUCGAUUUGGAGACUGCCAAUGGAACAGGUAUUAAUGGAGAAGAAGUCCCUGCUGGCAGAUACAUGGAGCUGAGGGAUAAGGACAUUUUGAAGUUUGCUCAUUCGACCCGAGAAUACGUCUUGCAACUGCCCCCCUGA